GGCGCACCGGCAGCUCGCUCACCAACUAACUCCUGCUCGUGCCACAUUUCGCGCAUCCGGAGCGUCCUGCACGCUGCUCCUCGCCAGGCUUGGUUUAUCUGAACGAACUUUUCGGAGGCAGAAAAAACAGCAGUGCUUGGACAUUCACCUGCCUCUGAAUGUGUGAGAGCAGCUGAAGUUGAGCGCUCAGUUGACGCCCCGCCAGCAGCAGCAGCAGCAGCAGCAGCAGGAUGGAGAGCAGCGUGGUGCGCAUCUUCAAGGAGGACCGCUGUCCGUCGGGCCAGCCGGGGGAGUGCGUCCCCAACUUCACCUGGCAGCUGGGCUUGUCCGACAUCUUCAACGACACCCCCAACGGCACCUGGGAGGCUGAAGCCGAGCCCAUGUCGCCCAUCAUCCCCAUCAUAGUGGCCGUGUACUCCGUGGUGUUCGUGGUGGGCUUGGUGGGCAACUGCUUGGUGAUGUAUGUCAUCAUCAGAUACACCAAAAUGAAAACGGCCACCAACAUCUACAUCUUCAACCUGGCCGUGGCCGACGCUCUGGUCACCACCACCAUGCCCUUCCAGAGCACCGACUACCUGCUCAGCUCCUGGCCCUUCGGCGAGGUGGUGUGCAAAGUCUUCAUCUCCAUCGAUUACUACAACAUGUUCACCAGCAUCUUCACCCUGACCAUGAUGAGCGUGGAUCGCUACGUGGCCGUCUGCCAUCCUGUCAAGGCCUUGGACUUCCGCACGCCCGUCAAAGCCAAGAUUAUCAACGUGAUCAUCUGGGUGCUGUCCUCGGCUGCUGGCAUCCCCGCCAUGGUGCUCGGCAGCACUAACACCAAUAACGGGACUACAGAAUGUGCUCUACAGUUCCCUGAGCCCUACACCUACUAUGACACCCUGAUGAAGAUCUGUGUCUUCAUUUUUGCCUUCGUGGCGCCUGUCAUCAUCAUCACCGUCUGCUACACGCUGAUGGUCAUGCGUCUGAAGAGCGUGCGCCUGCUGUCGGGUUCUCGCGAGAAAGACCGCAACCUGCGUCGGAUCACCCGUCUGGUGCUCGUGGUGGUCGCUGUCUUCGUGGUGUGCUGGACGCCCAUCCACAUCUUCAUCCUGGUCAAGGCCCUGUCGGCCAACGUGCCCGAGACUACCGCCGUCAUGGCCGCCUACUUCUUCUGCGUGGCGCUGGGCUACACCAACAGCAGCCUCAAUCCCAUCCUCUACGCGUUCUUGGACGAGAACUUCAAGAGGUGCUUCAGGGACUUCUGCUGCCCCGGAACCCAAGGACACGGCGAGUGUCAGGGAGUGAGCCGAGUCAGAAGCACUCUGCGGGAUCACUCGUGUCCCACAGAAGCACGGGGGGGAAUGAGGCAGGCCAGGCCCGUAUGACUAGCCAUGGACAUGUCCUCGAUGCCCUGUCAGGGCUGGGAGGACUCCAAUGACCUGGGCUUGACUCAGAUCACCACUGCCAUCUGAGCACGGGCCUAGAAGGAGGCCAUCCAGCAUGUUGGUCAAAUAAUCCAAAAACAUGGUCACUAAAACAAUAAUCCAAGUGCUGGUCUUUGUUUUUACUUAUUGUGAACAAAUUCACCGAGAAGAGAGAAACCAACAAUGAUCACUGGUUUCUCACACACCACUCUGCUGCCGACCAACACAUGACACCGUAUUAAUCCCUCACUGAAAAUAGUCCCCACCAAAUUCACUAUUUGCCCUGCGUUGAGUUAUGUUUGUCAAAAAUAAAUAAUUCAUCCUUUUAAAUAAAUAGGACUGAACAGAAUUCAUAGACAUGUUGUUGGUUUGUUGACAGUAAAACAUCAGAUUUGUGCUCUAAAAUAAACUUCAGAUAGAAGACAAGUGCAAAUAUGCUCGAUCAUUCUCUCUUAGUUCAGUUUGUCUGCCAUGCUCUCUGCAGAAACCCAAGCCAGACAUAUGAGGAUAUGUACUUUUCAAAUCAUUAUGUUUCCUAUCGGCAGUGCAAAGAUGGUGAAAAAUGUCUAAAACAAGAUAAACGUAUUUGUGUGGCUGCGCUCACAUGACACGUAUGUUUUCCUUUUACGUUCCAGUAGAUGACAUAGUUCUUACGUGGAUGAAAAGAUCAGCUUUAGGGCCAGAACAAGACAUCCGGGGAGCAACAUGAGCAUCGCUGUAAAGUGACAUUAUUUAACGUGAAUUGUAGUUUGGUGCUUGGCUGGACUGUAAAUGUGUGAAUAGCUUUUAUCUCAGCGUUUUCUGACUUUCAUGUGUGUAGAAUAUGAAAUAACCUCUCAGGGAAUAAUCCUCUGCAGUUCACAACUCACGAACUGACGGUUCUGAAUCAAAGAACUUUCUCCGUGAUCGGAUCGCUCGCUGUCACUAGACCUCGUCGUGAACUCAUCAGCAGCUAUUGUUCUUUGAAGCUACGCUUUGUGCUGCAAUAAACUACGAUUAUUGCAUCCGACGCUGGUCCACACCUUUAAACGUUCACAGCUGUGAUGCCGCGUCUCAUCAGCGAGGCGCUGAGCACGGUGCCAACCUGGCAUCUUCCCACCUUGUCUUCAUGUGUGUGAAACCUGGAGGACGCCAGGGCAGCGUGACAGACUUCAGUUGAUUUAUUGUUUCUUCUGUGAACUUCUGCCCAGCGUUGCAUCUGUUCAGCUUCAUAACUGUACAUUUGUAAACUGAAAUUCUGACGAGAACAGUGACGCUGAGCAGGUGAUUUGAAAAGCUUCUCACCUUCAGACGUUCUACAUCAGGUGGUGGUUCUGUCACGCUGAGCUGUGUCUCAUCAUCAUGACUAGAAGUCUGUGGAUGUAUACGAUUAAGGGACAUUUCUGACCAUGUAUAUUGAGCUUAAUUCAUGUCAUGUGGUUUCGUUGUGGUGUGUCUCUGUUCCAUCCUGUAAACGGUAACUCAUGUGACCGACCUGAAGACUGGUUGUCUGAUUGUAGCUGUUGUUGUCGUCACCAGGUCAACCACGUUUCAUGAAAUAAAUUCUUAUUGUAGAGCUAGAGAUUAAAGUAUGUAUCUGUUUAAAUCUGAUAAAGUAGUGCUAGCAGAAAACGUCUUUGUGUGCCUUAUUUAUAGCCUCUCUAAAGGAUCAGCGAUUAGCCAGAUCCAUGUUUCAGGCGUGUAUGAGCUUCUUGCUUAACGUUAGCGUAGCAGAGGAUGUGCUGCACCGCCAUUAGCUUGGUUAGAGAAUAUAACACCUCUAAUGCUGUCGGCCGACGUCUGAGCCUCAUGUUUGUCCCGUGUGCUGCUGCUGCUGCUGCUUCUGAUGAAUAUUUUGAUGUAUCUUUGAUCUUUGAAUGUCAAACCUGCUCCACACGUGCACAACUAAGAAAGAAUAAAGCUGUAAAGUCUCA